GUUCCUUCACUGUGGAAUUAGAAAACUAUGUUGAAGCAUUCCACUGAACAUUUUUACGCGUGUAUUGUUACGUUAUCAUAUGAAUGUAGUUUUUAGCUCACCUAACUAGCGUGUGUGUAUGAGAAUUAUGAACUUCACUACUUAGGUUCAAGAUUGUUAGUACCGUCAUAAAAAACCGAUAUUAACCUAGAAAUCAUUUUACUUUUACGAUGCCAGUCAGCAUUACAUCUUAUUUGCCCCAUUCACUAGUCAGAGAAUGUAUUGACUAUAGCGGUGUUCCUCGGCAAUUAAGUACAUAUAUAGCCUUUUUAAUCCACUGGUGAUACUAGGCUAAGCUCAUGUUCAAAUGCUUUUUAGAAUAACGCUGCCUAUCACUGAUAUGAGCAGAACAUCAGAGUCACAUGAGCUGAAUUCAUGUUCGGCGACUUCAAAAGAAGGUUAUUUUUCAGACACACUACAAGAUGCUCCAACUAUGAAUGAUUUUGUUCAAUCAGAAGAAAUUUCUCAUUCAUUAACGAUUGAUAAUACUGUUGAAAAUAAUGAAUAUGUUCUUCAUGAAAAGAACGAAGUAACUAAAGCAAACGAUGUAUUUCCUAGGGAUGAUUAUGAAUUCCUAGGAUUAUUAGAACAACAAAUCACCAAUAAAAAGACUCGAAUAACUUCUUCAAAUCUCAAUAAUUCAAUCAUGUUAAAUUUCGAUCCGUUAAUGAACGUCUCAGAACAUAAUGCUUCCCCACAGCUUUGUAAAUCAAUCGAUCAACUUUCUGAACAGCUAAUCACGACAACUCCUGAAUCGUCUAAUAAUAAUAGUACAAUCAAUGCAUCAUAUUAUAAUCGUACAGGUCAUUUAAUAAGUCCUAUUGGUAAUGAAGAAUUGAUUAACAUCGCUACAGCGUCACCUUCAGUGAUAACAACAACAACGUCAUCGUCAAUACCGACAACUGAAUCAACCGUGGCAUCUCUCUCACCUUAUGUUAAUAUUGAUAAGUUUAAUUCACCUUGUGAUGAUGUAAUUCAGUGUAUUACAACUACAGUUCCUGUUAAAACAACUUGUUCUACAGUUGUUGAAUUACCCAGUUCAUCUUCUUCUAUACUUACGAACAAAUCUUCUACAACUGGCGUAGCUAUCACAGCAAUUGCAAACACUACCACUUUCUAUUCACCAUGGAGACAUCGUAGUGUCCUAAAUCAAGCUUUAGGUGGAGGGGAUGGUGAUGAUGAUGAUGGAGGAGGAAACAGUUCACCGGAAUGGUCAUCUUUUUCAAUACCCAAUGACAAUAAAUUGCACGAAAUCAGUAUAAUACAAAAAGGUCAACUCGAAUACAAUCAUGAUAACAGUGAUAAUGAUUUGUGCGAGGAUUUUUCUAAUCAUAAUAAUAAGGAAGAAUAUGAAUCUACUACAAGGAAGAUUAAAGAGAAUUCUAUUCAUAAAACAACAAACCAUUCAGAGCUAGAUCUUCUUGUCAAUAUGUUAGAUCGUGUUGAAAUGAAAGAUGAUACGAUGCAAGAAAAUGAUAAAUCAACAAUUGUAACACAAAUUGUUCAAGAUUGUAAUUUGGCUAUGAAUGAAUAUAAAACUCCAGAAAUUCAAUCUUCUAAAUCUGUUACUCCAUCUUUAACAUUUGAUAUAAGAAAAUCUGAUAAUCUAUUCAACAAUAAGAAAUUAGUUGAUACAUCAAAAACAUCAAAUUUGACAUCAACACCAUUUCUUUUCAAUAAGUCAAUAUGUAUACCGGAAGAAUUUCAACAAAUGAAUGUCUUAGAUGUUCUACCAUACAAUACACCUGAUCAAUGUAUUGUCAAUCAUAAUACAGAUAUGAAUACUACACCAUAUACUAAAGACACUGGUGGUAUAUCUGGAUUUUUAUCAAAAGCUGCAAGAUCUGUUUAUUCACGUCUUAUAUCAUCUGGUUCAUCACAGUUAGCAUUGAAAGAUACUUCAUUAGUAAAUAAACCACAGAGUAUUAUUAAUUCAUCAUUCAUUGAAUCAUGUUCUGUAGGUAAUAAAGUUGAAUCAAUUAAAAAGGAAUUCAGCAUUGAACAAGAGAAACAUCAACAACAAUCUUGCUUAAAUGUAACAUCAUCAUUUGUUCAGUCUGAACAAAUCUCUCAACAAUUAUUAGAUGAUGAAGAGGCAUGGAAAACAGUCAGUUCCGUACAUGAUCUAAAUGGUUCAAUGGAGAUAUCUAGUAAAAUGGAGAUAACUGGUAGCUGUACUGAUGGUGAUGGUGCAAUGUUGUUAGGAAAUAAAGAAAAUGCAGAAUGUUUACAAGUCCAUAAGAUUAUACAUGAAGAUAUUGAUGAUGUGAGCAUGAAAAGUGAAAAUAAUUCAUCAACAUCAAAUAUAUCCCGAUCACCAUUAAAAGAACUACUUAAUAAUAUAAAAGAUGUGAAUACAACUGAUAACAAUAUUACUACAAAUGAUUUUGAUCAUAAUAAUCAAUCAUGUCAUGAACAUAAUGGAACUACUAGUACUACUACUACUACUUCUACUACUACUACUACCACUACUGUUCCUUCGAUCUCUUCUUCAUCACCUACGAAAUCUGCAUUAUCCAUUUCGAUUAAUGUUAAUAAUAGUGUAAUUGAGAAUCUUGAAAACAUUGAAAUAACGAAACAAAACUUACGUGAUGAAAUUACUAAGUUAAAAAAUGAAGCGGAUUUAUGGAAAUCGGUACUUAAAGAUUAUCAAUCUACUUAUAUCAAAGCUGAAACAAUCAUAUCAGAAUGUCAAUUAGUAGAAACUACAAAACUUAUACAUUUAAUUGAAGAACGUAAUGAAACAAUGGAUCAAGCGAAACGAAUGCUUGCUGUAUAUAAAGAUAUGAUGCAUCGUGUUGAACGUGCACAAAAUGUAUUACAAUUUGCAAAGAAGAAACAAGAAUCAUUAAAAAUGAAUUAUGAUAAGAUUCAUUCAAGUAUAUUGACAAUACAAGAGAAACAGUAUGAUUUUAUUAAUUCAUAUGAACAACAAUUAAAUAAUGCUUUAAUUAAUCAAGAUAAACAAAAUGAUUUAUAUGAAAGAAAAUUAAAUAAAUUAACAUAUGAACGUCGACAAACUGAUAUGCGUAUUUUAUCAUUAACUGAAGAAGUGAAACAAAAG